GGAGGCGGAGGGAUUGGGGGCUCUUAAGAAAGAGAGAGAGAGAGAGAAAGAAAAACGGGGGAAAAUCCCACGAGAAAAUCAGAGUUUUGAGGGGAAAAGACCGAAAGCAUCGGCUACAGUACACUCCUCCCUCCCCUGAAUAAAAGCUGAUCAUAAGAAUACAAGAUCCACCUCGAUUCUCUCUCCACCCUGCUCUCCCUCCUCCUCCUCCUCCUCCACCAUAUCCACCUCCGCCGCCGCCGCCGCCGCCGCCGCCAGCACCGUCUCUCUCUCUCUCUGUCUUCCUCGUCCAAUCUUGAGAGAGAGAGAGAGAGAGAGAGAGGGGGGAGACGGAGAUUCUUGGAGAAAGUCCAGUCUCGUUUGCUCGUUUUCUUGAUAGCCCUGUUCCCCUUUCGCGUUUUCGUUUUUCUCCCUCCCCGUUACGCCUCGCAAGCUCUCCCCUUUUUUCUCGUUAACCCAAUUUUCCGGUCUGUCUCGUCCAACACCUGCGCUAAAUCUUCUCCUCGCGCAGAAUUAGGCCGAUUUCCUGGAUCAAGAACGCAAAUUUGCGAAGUGGGUGUCUCGAAUUUCGCGAGCAAGAAGAGAGAGAGGGAGAGAGAGAGCGAGGCAAGAAUGAGGGAAGAGGACUCGAAUUGGUUCUCCAAAUGGGAAGACGAGCUGCCGUCGCCUGACGAGCUCACCCCGCUCUCUCAAACCCUAAUCACCCCCGAUCUCGCCCUCGCCUUCGACAUCCCGACGCCGCCGCACGCCAACCCGUCCCCGACCAGCCCCCGCGCCACCCGCCCCCACCCCGACCAACCACUCCGGCCACCUCCCCCGCCGAGCUCCGUCACCCAGCCCAUCUCGGCCGAGUUCGCCGACUCCAGCGAGCUCGGGCCCAACUCCGGCGGCGACGAGCCGGCCCGCACCCUCAAGCGGCCGCGCCUCGUCUGGACGCCCCAGCUCCACAAGCGGUUCGUCGACGCGGUCGCCCACCUGGGGAUCAAGAACGCCGUGCCCAAGACCAUCAUGCAGCUGAUGAGCGUGGAUGGGUUGACCCGGGAGAAUGUGGCCAGCCACUUGCAAAAGUACCGCCUUUACCUCAAGCGCAUGCAGGGAUUGUCCGUCGGGGGCGGCGGCGGCGGGGGCGGGGGCGGCGGCCUGGCUGCAUCGUCUGAUCCUGCUACCGAUCAUCUGUUCGCGAGCUCGCCCGUGCCGGCGCAUUUCUUGCAUCCGGUCCGGCCCAGCUCGGAGCAUUACUUGCCGUUCGUGCCGGUUGCGCUGCAACACCACCAGAUGGCGGCCGCGGCCGGCCACCCACAGCUACAACCGCAGUAUCACAGGCAGGUGGGGCAUUUCGGGCCGCCGCCGAACGGGCAAUUUGAGCAUCCUUUCUUGUCGAGGCAAGCGGGGCCAAUUCAUAGGAUGGGAGCACCGAUUCACAAUCCGGUGCAACCUUAUGUGGAGGACUUGGAAUCUGCUAAUGCAAACGGUGGCAGGAAAGUUCUCACUCUCUUCCCAACUGGAGAUGAUUGAACUUGGGCAGUAGUUGCAGUUUUUUCUUUGAUUUUGCUGUUUUUUUACUCUUGAUGAUCCUAUUAUUGUGUCAUGUGCAAUGUGGUGUCUGUAAUCUGUGGGUAACAACUGUUUAGUCUAUGGUUUAGGCGUUAGUUGCUCUAUGUUGUCCUAGUUGCCUUUUAGUAGGUGAUGGUGAAAGCUUUUAGUGGAGCAAUUGGAUAUGGACUUCCACUAGAGCUUAAAUUGGCUUCAUCGAGAGGCCUCUGUCGCGUAAUUGACCGCAUGCCUACAUUUGAUGAGUGGGACUGGUGGGUAUUGUCGACUCGUGUCGUCCUUCAUGUGGGCUCCUACAUGUUUUGGGUAAACUGUUGGUACCAGUCUGUAUGUUCUAUUGAUCCUUUUUCUCUUGAGGCGUUGAUCAUCAUGCGAUGGUCGCUCUUGGCAAACAUCUACCACCAAUUCUGAAAUGUUGCAGAAGGUGGAAUUCGUCGACCUCAGUCUAUUAUAGUUUCCAUUAAACUGCAGCUUGGAGAUGAGAUGAGUUCUUGUGCAUAUCAGAGCUUUUGUUCGGAUGAGGGGUUCUCGCUGGGGGACGAAACGCCAGAUCUUAAAGCUUGCAGGUGAUAACAAUAAUGCUGGCCAUCUCUGAUUUCUUGAAAUUCGAGGACAUUGAGCGGAAUCUUUUAUGCUUAAGUUUCCUCUACUUAGUUAUUGUUUAGAGUCGGAACUCAACUUUCUGUACAUUAACUCCAGGGAAGACUUUAAAAGCCCCACUUUGAGGGGAACUGUAACUGUUCAGAGAAGGGACAUUAUUAUAUGGAUGCAGAUUGUUGUAUGCCCUAUCAACUAUGGACCUUGAUGAUUUAGUCUGAAUCGGUGCUUAUAAGUUUUCUGCA